AUGGAAGGAAGGGCCCUGGGAUGGUUCCAGUGGGUGGAUGCUCAGGAGCCUUUUACUAGUUGGAGGGAACUUCGGACGGCCAUCAUCCAGCGUUUCAGUCACGCCCGUGAAGGUGACCCAACGGAGAGGUUGAUGGCACUCCGGCAAACCGGAGGAGUAGCAGAAUACCGAGAUACGUUUGAGGCACUCGCUGCCUCCAUGAGAGGUGUGUUUGAGCCCAUCUUCAAAGGGGCUUUCCUGAAUGGGUUACGUGAGGACAUCCGGGCAGAGGUGAGGAUGCAUCGGCCCAUUAACUUGCUGGAAGCAAUGGACCUGGCCCAACAAGUGGAGGACCGUUUGGAUGCAGUAGAUCGAGUAAGGAGGAGCAAAGUUGGGCAGUCGAGACCAAACACCCACCAAAAGGGGUUCACGGCGGCGGCCACGAAAACUCCACACAUCACCGGCGGUGAAACUGGAUUCCGACGUUUGACCUUCGACGAGGUUCAGCAACGCAAGGCACGUGGACUCUGCUUCAGGUGCGACGAGAAAUACAGCCCAGGACACCGUUGCAAGAGUCGUACUCUACAAGUGUUGAUGCUAGCGGACGAUGACUCUGAGGGGGAAGGACAAGAGGAGCCAGCUUUAGAAGAGGUGCACGAUCCAGUGGGCUCGGUGGCUGUGGAAAUGGCCGCUCUGUCGCUCAACUCUGUCAACGGGUGCUUGUCGGCGAAGACGAUGAAGGUUAAGGGAACAGUCCAGGGACGGGAGGUCGUCAUUCUCGUGGAUAGCGGCGCGUCGCACAGUUUUAUCUCAUCCUCGCUGGUGAAGGAAAUGGACUUACCACGGGAUUUGACGGUCCGACACCAGAUUCAGGUCGGAAAUGGAAUGAUUUUUCGACAAGAGGGAGUUUGCCGAGCGGUGCAAGUAAUGAUUCAGGGACGUAAAGUGGUUGAGAAUUUCUUUUCCUUCGAUUUGGGAAACAUGGACCUAGUGCUCGGAGUCACGUGGCUCCGAACACUAGGGGAGGUUAGGGCUGAUUGGACUCGCUUCACGUUGAAGUUUAGGGAGGGAGGUCAAUGGUCUGGGGUAUUACUCGAAAUUAGGUUGGUGUCCAACGAGGAACGAGACCUCUUGGCCGAUCUAGCUCCGCCAGAGUUGGCUGAAGUUCUUGAUCAAUUCCAGUCGGUUUUUGAGCUGCCCGAGGGCCUUCCACCGCGCCGAGCAUGUGAUCACCAUAUCGUGUUGCGAGCGGGAGCUUCCCCCCCUAAUAUUCGGCCCUAUAGUUGGAGGUUCUGCGUGGACUACCGGGUAUUGAAUCAGCUGAGAGUUCCAGAUAAGUACCCCAUCCCUAUAAUCAAUGAGCUGCUGGACGAACUUCAUAGGGCUUGCGUCUUCUCCAAGCUUGACCUUCGCGCGGGGUACCACCAGAUCAGAGUGCGGGAAGAAGAUGUGGAGAAGACUGCGUUUUGGACCCACGAAGGGCACUACGAGUUCCUCGUUAUGCCCUUUGGGCUCAUCAACGCCCCCGCCACGUUUCAAUCCCUGAUGAACACGAUAUUCCGACCUUUUCUGCGUAAAUUUGUAUUAGUUUUCUUUGACGAUAUUCUUAUUUACAGUAGAACCCAGGCGGAGCACAUUUGGCACUUGGAGCUGGUCCUACAGGUGUUGCAGGGAGAACGGCUCUAUGCCAAUCACAAGAAGUGCACCUUCGGAAGUGCCCAAGUAGAUUACCUUGGCCACGUUAUCUUUAACGAGGGAGUUUCGGCUGACCCUUCAAAGGCACACGCCAUUACUUCCUGCCCGACCCCACGGUUAGUUCGAGAGCUUCGCGGAUUUCUGGGGUUGACCGGCUAUUACUGCCGAUUCGUGGACGGUUAUGGCGUGCUCGCUCGACCAUUGACAAAAAAAAGGAGCUUACCAGUGGACUCUACUUGCCGAGGAAGCAUUCUAGCAGCUGAAGGCCUUGAUGGCAAACCUCCUGGUUUUAGCUUUGCCAGAUUUUGGAAAGAACUUUGUUUUGGAGACAGACGCAUCUGGAAGUGGAGUGGGGGCAGUGCUUAUGCAAGAGGGUCGACCUAUAGCCUAUUUCAGCAAAGGGCUAUCCCCCUCUGCCCGUUGGAAAUCUGUAUGAGCGGGAGUUGCUAG